AUGGAAAAUGGAACAAGAAAGCUUAGUGAUGAAUAUGAAGUGACAACCAUUUUGGGAAGAGGGGGGUUCUCCAUCGUACGAAAAGGUGUAAAGAAGUCAAAAGGAGACUUUGCAGACGGUGAACAAGAAGUUGCAAUCAAGACCUUGAAAAGAGUCGGUGGUGGUGGCCGCGGUGGUGGGAUGGUUGGUUUUCCGAGUCGUAAGCAGGUUCUGAUCUCGGACGCUUUGUUAGCCAACGAGAUCAUGGUGAUGAAAAGAGUGGUGGAGGAGGUGUCCCCUCACUGCAACGUUAUCCAGUUACAUGACGUAUGUGAGGACCCCACUGGGGUCCACCUAGUUUUGGAACUAUGUUCCGGCGGAGAGCUGUUUGACCGCAUAGUGACUCAAGAACGGUACUCGGAGGCCGAAGCCGCUAAGGUGGUUCAACAGAUCGCUAGCGGUUUGGCAGCGCUGCACAAGGCCAAUGUGAUUCAUAGGGAUUUGAAACCUGAGAACUGUCUUUUUCUUGAUAAAAGUAAAGAUUCAGCGUUGAAAAUAAUGGAUUUUGGGCUGAGUUCAGUGGAGGAGUUCACGGAUCCUGUUGUGGGGUUGUUUGGGUCCAUUGAUUAUGUGUCUCCUGAGGCAUUAUCCCAACAAAAGAUAACAUCCAAAUCUGAUAUGUGGGCUUUGGGUGUCAUCUUGUAUAUUCUUCUUUCAGGGUACCCGCCUUUUAGCGCGCAAUCGCAUCUUCAAAAGCAACAAAUGAUUAUGAAUGGAAGCUUUAGUUUUUACGACAAAACAUGGAACAAGAUUUCUUCGUCGGCCAAAGACUUAAUUUCUAGUUUACUAAAUGUCGACCCUCAAAAACGACCAACGGCCGAGCAGAUUCUUAAACAUCCAUGGGUGAUCGGAGAUUCGGCAACAGAGCGCCAAAUUGAUCCGGAGAUCGUAUCGCGGCUGCAGAGCUUCAACGCGAGGCGCAAGUUCCGUGCAGCCGCGAUAGCAAGCAUGUAUACAAGCACCAUCUUCUUGAGAACAAAGAAGCUCAAAAACUUGGUGGGAUCUUAUGAUCUCAACCAAGAUGAGCUUCAAAAUCUAAGAAAUCACUUCAAAACAUUAUGUGCCGAUGGUGAAAACGCGACACUUAGCGAGUUUCAGGAGGUACUUAGAGCGAUGAAAAUGUCGUCGCUGAUACCUCUAGCGGGACGAAUCUUUGACCUUUUUGACAACAAUCGUGACGGUACGGUUGAUAUGAGGGAGAUACUUUGCGGGUUCUCUAGCCUCAAGAAUCUCAAAGGCGAUGACGCGCUUCGUCUUUGUUUCCAGAUGUACGAUACAGAUGGGUCGGGUUGCAUUAGUAAGGAGGAAGUCGCCUCAAUGCUUCGGGCGUUGCCAGAUGACUGUCUAAGAAUGGAUAUUACCGAGCCGGGGAAACUAGAUGAGAUAUUCGACCACAUGGAUGCCAAUAGCGACGGUAAAGUGACGUUCGAUGAAUUCAAAGCAGCUAUGCAAAAAGACAGCUCGUUGCAGGACGUCGUUCUCUCUUCGCUUCGCCCCAACUAAUCGCUACUACAUCGUUUUACUUUAUAGUUUUCCUUUUUUUCUUCGUAUGAUACAAACACAGAUAAUGCCGAAAUCAACGUUGAGAUUGAAUAGGAUUUAGAUGCACUACAACUAAAUCUGUUUUAUAGGAUGUCUAGAAUGUCUAAGCAUCCUAAUAACAUAUUUUAUAGAACUUAAAGUUUAUAUGACCAAACUAUAAAACGUCUUAUCUAAAAGUAUUACAACGCUUUUGGUGUUCUAAAAAGUUCUUUAAGACACUUUUAAAUUAAGGCAUCACAAUAGCUAUCUUAUCAAAAGUGUCCUUAAAAACCAUCUUUUUAAUGACACUUUUUUA